AUGAAGGUGCGGGAUGUGGACGGCAUCUGGAACUGUGCUUGGCGGGUCCCCAUUAAACAAUGGGAAGACCCCCAAGGCUUCCAGGGCCUGAAGCAUCUCCCCUCAAUGAUAGUCCUGGGGGAGAACAGAGGCUACAUUCACUAUCAAGGCCAACCCAAACUGUGUCGGAAGUGCGGCGAGCAUGGUCAUCUGGCCGAAACUUGUGAGAAAGUUUUCUGUGGUAAAUGUCGAGAAGUGGGACACACUUUUGAUGAAUGUAUGAACGGGCGGAAAUGUAAUUUGUGUGGUGGACAGGAUCAUUUGUUCAGAGACUGUCCAAAGUCGUUUGCAAAUAAACUGAAAAAAGGAAAAGAGACGCUAACGGAAACGGCUAAUGAGCAAGUGGAAGCAGCUGGGUCGGAAAUUUCAAAUCUCCCGCCAGGUCCUCUGAUUGGAGGAGAGGAGGAGAGGGCGGGAAGCGGGGAGGGGAAGGAAGCCCCCCCCAGACCGAAACAUCCAACGGACAGCAGCGAUGAUGCCCCCCUCCCCGACGCCCAGCUGGCUAAGAGGCCGGCAUCUGAGUCACCUCCCGACCUUACCCCCAAGGUAGGGAAGAGAGGAAGGCUGGAGGAACUCUUCGGUUCUUUCGGAGAGGAAUCCAGAGCCUUCCUCGCUGGCUCAUCCAAUGAGGUCUCGUUCCUAGACUUUGCUCACCAAUCAACCCCGAAGGACCCAAACAAGGACCGGGAACCAGUGACUCCAGUGCGCGGCCUCCUGUAUGGAGACGCCUCCACCGUUUGGCGCAAUGUGAGCCAUCCCGUCCUUCCAAACAGACUCCAGGACCUGUCAUGGAUGGUGGCUCAUGGGAUCCUGCCGGUCAGAGCCGUUAUGCACUCCCGCGGCAUGUCUGCAACGUCCAUCUGCCCCCGACCCGGUUGUGGCGCGCCGGAGUCGGUGAGGCCCCUGCUGUGGGAGUGCAGCGCUGCUGUGGACCUGUGGGCGAAGGCCGGCUCCUUGCAAUUCCCACACUUGCCAGCAAGGGAGGUCCUCCAUGCACAGCUAGUGCUGUACGGGGUGAGCCAGCAGAAAAUGACUAAAAAAAACUUCGCUGAGAUGUGGCUCACCCCAGCCACCAUCAAAGACGCCACUUGGACCUCCAGAAACUUGCUGGUGAGCAGGCGCAGGCAGAUGCCCCCCGUGGCUGUGCUCCGGAUGGCAGCAGCAAAAGAGGAACCUCAAGGGCUGCAGGUGGCGCGCCAAGGACACAGCCACCAAGAAGAAUCGCCUGCGCCUCCGUGGACGAAGGAGCCGGCGCUCCACGAGCAGAGGUCCAAGCAGCGGCGGCCUGGCUCUCCGGGUGAGGCAGGAGGGAAGGAGCUUUAGGGCGGGAUCCCCUCUGAGCACCAAGCGCUGUCUGGAAGGACGGGACGGCUCCGGACUUGGGAGGGAGUCACCCCGGUCCUGCUCAACUUUUAACACACAGAGAUUUUGUAUUUUAUAAUUCUUGUUCUUAGCUUCUUUUAGCCUAAAUUGAUGAAUUUGUAAGUUUUUAGAAAUUUCUGAAUAAUUGCAACAAUGUAAUGUUUUUAAAUGUUU